AUGGGAACCUUGGAUGUGAAUUCUUCUGUUACCUAUGAUCAAGUUAAUAAUUUCAACAAUUUGACAAAUGUUUGUACUACCCUGAAAAAUAUGUACCCUUAUGGGCCAUUUUUCCUAUACAAUCCACUCAACUAUACAUUCCCUCUUCUACUCUCACAACUCUCUCUUUCUACUGGUGCCAUUCUCUUAACUUACUUGCUCCUCAAGCCUCUGCGCCAAUCCAUCCUUGUAGUACAAGUUUUGGGUGGUCUGCUACUAGGACCGUCGGUUCUGGGCCAGAGUUCAUUGUUCAUGUCCAGUUUCUUCCCCCUCAAAGGUCUCCUAAUGCUGGAUAUAUUUUCGUCCAUGGGAUUUAUUUUGUACUUCUUCCUCAUUGGAGUGCAUACCAAUCCAUCUGUAUUAAAGAAAAUCAACAAGAUUAGUCUUCUUAUUGGAAUUUCUACAGUGUUGAUCCCAUAUGCAAUGAAUCAGGCAUUCUCUGUUCUCUUACCACGCAUACUUAGUAUGAAUCCCGACGAAACCAACAUUCUUCCAGUGGUAGGACAUGCUGAAUCAUUAGUAGCGCUCCCGACAAUUGCUAACCUCCUUGUCGAGCUCAAGAUCAUGAAAUCGGAGAUUGGUAGGGUGGCAAUGUGUUCUUCUGCAGCAAGCAGCUUGUUCUCUUUCAUCAUAUCAACCAUCUUUGAUACAAUAAACCAGGAUCACGAUGAGAAUCAACAAGUAGUACCGAGACUUGGUUCUGUUAUUGUUUUUGUAACUUUCAUUGUUUACAUGGUCCGCCCUUUAAUUUUAUGGCUGUUAAAGCAUAGACCGGUACAAGCUUCAUUGAACACAAACCACUUCAUCAUUGUAGUUGUGUUGGUUUUGAUGACUGGAUUUUUCGGCCAGGCUAUUGGUUUGCACACUCACUUUGGCCCUCUUAUUCUCGGGAUCACCAUACCAGCAGGGCCGCCAAUAGGGCCUGGGCUUGAGGAGAAGCUCCACAUGUUUACCUACUGGAUUUUUUUGCCAAUCUUCUUCCUCAAAAAUGGUUUAAUAAUAAACAUCUUUCAAAUUAAGCCAAGGUCUCAUAUGAUUGUACAGUUAAUGGCCAUAGUAGGUGCACUUGGAAAGUUCAUAGGAGCCUACUUCACCUCCCGUCGAGGCUGCAAUAUGCCAAUUGCUGAUGCUAUCACGCUUGGCCUUGUCAUGACCAACCAAGGCCUCCUUGAGCUAGGCCUGUUCAAGAUGUUGAGGAGAAAAAAGUCAAUAGACACAGACACGUUUGUGAGUAUGUACCUUUCGAUGUUGAUCGUUAGUGGUUUGGCUGUCCCCAUCAUAAAACGGCUCUAUGAUCCUUCAAGAACAUAUGUAGUUUACAAGAGAAGAAGUGUGAUGGAUUCAAAAUCAAAAUCUCAACUCCGGCUGCUGGUGUGUGUGCCCGAUGAGGAUAUUGCUCAUACCACAAUCAACAUCCUAGAAGCAUUUAACCCAAGGGUGGAUAGCCAGCUUGCUGUCUGCGUUCUCCACCUUGUUGAGGUUGUUGGUCACAGCAGCCCCAUUCUCAUUCCCCAAAAUCUUGUCGAGAAAUCAUCUUUCCAUUUGGGUUCCUCAAAAGACAUUUUUGAGGCCUUCAGAACUUUCAAGUUGAGCAACCUACAAUGUGUCUCAGUUUAUCCCUACAGCUUAUUAUCCCCAUGUACAGCAAUGCAUGACCAGGUAUGCACGUUAGCGCUUGACAAAAAGUCCUCACUCGUUAUAAUACCUUUCCACAAGAGAUUACAUGCAGAUGGUACGGUAGAAUCAUACAAAAAGGCAUCCUUGAUUAUGAACAAAAAUGUCCUUGACAAGGUACCUUGUUCAGUUGCGAUCCUCAUUCAUCGUGGGCUCUUUAGAUCCUCACUGCCAGUCUUGGAAAGCUCGUGUGAAUCUAGAAUUGGUGUUAUCUUCUUGGGAGGAGCUGAUGAUAGGGAAGCACUAGCUAUAGGGGCACGAAUGGCUGACCAUCCAAACAUCACCUUGACGAUGACUAGACUUGUUGCCGAUGGAAAUUUUACAGGUAAUGAUCCGGAAGAAAGAAGGAUGGAUAACGAGUCCUUGAGCGAGUUUAGACAAGCCAUGACAGAUAACUACCGGGUUACCUACAUAGAAGAAGUCAUAAGGGACGGAAGAGGGACGGCUGCAGUUAUUUGUUCCAUGGAAAACAGUUAUGAAAUAAUCUUGGUGGGAAGAAAUCAUGAUAAGCAGUCACCAUUAAUGUCAGGUUUCGACGACUGUGUUGAUCACGCAGAGUUGGGAGCCAUUGGUGAGAUUUUGGCUUCAUCACAUUUUAAGGGCAACACCACAAUUUUAGUGGUACAACAACGCCCCAUAGUAGUGAAUGAGCAUGAGUGUAGUAGACAGGACCCUGGAGUCCCAUAUUCGAUAACUGAUGAAGAAGAGAUGCCAAUCCAAGGGAGAUCUCCACCGUGA